AAAUUAAAGCACUUAGAAUUAAGCAAAAUGGGUGUCACAAUGAGAAUUCUAGUGGUGGUGUGCAUGGUGAUAUGUCUUUCUUCAGUUGCACAUGCAGCUCAGGGGACUGCCACUUACUAUACUCCCCCUUACGUUCCCUCUUCAUGCUAUGGGUACCAAAACAAUGGAGUCAUGAUCGCUGCCGCAAGCAAUGCCAUAUGGAACAAUAAGGCUGCAUGUGGGACAUUUUAUAGAGUCAGAUGCACUGGCUCUACAAACGUCGGUGUGCCGCAACCUUGCCGGGGUCAGAGCGUCGUAGUUAAAAUCGUAGAUUACUGCCCGUCGCCGGGUUGCCAAGGAACCAUCGACCUCUCUCAAGAAGCUUUCUCCAUGAUUGCUGACCCUAAUGCUGGAAAAAUCAAAAUCGAAUAUAACAAACUCUGAAUCCUAGUGCAAUGUGGAAGCUUUGAAAGAGCAAGAAGACAACGUAUAAAAAUAAGAAGCAUGGCAUGCGGAAUGCAUGUUUUUAUGAAUAAUUCCAAGCUGAUACUGAGACGACCUGUAAAAUGUAUCGCUUGAUGAAAUAAAAGAGACGUUUUCUAGCUUAUUA